AUUGUAUGCCUCCGUUCACUCUGACAACUACCUACCAACAGCGAUUAACACGGGUACCCCUGGCCUACACGAUGCCAAAGCGUGACCGCUUCAGAGACCUACUUUCUACCGUCCCCAGACCAUGGAAACAAAAGCAGGAGCGGCGGACACGGGGGGAUGAGGAAACGGAACCACCCCAGGAACUUGCCGCCAUCUGCGAGGAGUGCCGGAACUUGGAUCCUAACGACUCCGAAUUCAACGAUCUUUACGUGUGGUCGUCACCUCCGUCUGGAGAACCACCUUCUACCUGCCGGUUCUGCCAGUUUAUUUACGACGCUGUGACAGCAAUGGUCCCGUCUUUUGCUUCGGAGGCUCAGAUACAUGCGUCUGUUGAGUCGGUUCCGGCUCAGAACAGGAUCGACUUGAGAUUUGGUGGUCGCCUUGCAGUUCAUGUGUAUAACGCCCCCGCCCUUGUACCAGAUCGCCAGCGGCAGCCUCUCGCGGGCAAUACCAGAAAGGAAAACGAAUCUUUUGCGUUUGUUUUAGAGCAAAUCCAGAAUUGCAAACAGAAUCACGCCGUGUGUUCUCAGCGAAGUCCAACUUUCCAACCCACGCGACUCAUACAUUGCGCCGGCAAGACGGGAAGUCUACGACUUGUUGAACUUGAUCCUAUAACCGAGAUUUCAUGUCCUGUUGAAUAUGUGGCAUUGAGUUAUUGUUGGGGUGCUUCCGCCUCGUUCAAAACCACGCGCGAGAACAUCGAUCAACACAGGAAAGGAUUCGAGGUCUCUGAGUUACCAAAGUCACUCCAAGACGCUAUUGAGGUUGCAAAGAAACUCAAUGUUGAGUAUAUCUGGAUAGACGCAAUCUGCAUCGUCCAAGGCGACGCAGCUGAUUGGGAAAGGGAGUCCGGCAUGAUGGCUGAUGUGUACGGCAACGCAUGCGUGACCAUUGCGGCCCUAUCUGCUUCCUCCGUCGCGGAUGGGUUCCUUCAUCUAAAGAGAAAUCCUCUACAGAUUUCCCGCUCAUGGUCGGAUGACCACGGGGCCACAACCGCCUUGGUUGCGCAAGAAAAAGUACGAACUGGGCUACAUGUCUCGACAUUGCGCAACAAUUGGUCACCGACAAUGGGCACUCAACAGGGAGACUUUGACCCUGUACAAACAAGAGGUUGGUGUUUCCAGGAAGAAAUUCUCUCCAACCGUUACGUCGCCUUUUCCCGACAAGAAAUGCAAUGGUCAUGCAGGGCUACAUCCACCUGUCAGUGUGGCUCACUCGAUCAUGGCGAAAGCACGGGGCCCCUUCGUCAAGCACCAAGCAUACAAGACGACCCGUUCGGAUUCUGGGCAGAGAUGCUCCCAUUCUAUACCCAAAGGAACCUCUCGUAUCCCCAUGACAGACUCCCGGCCAUCUCGGGACUGGCACGGACGAUUCAACGGUGCACUUCAGCUGACUACGUUGCGGGGAUCUGGCUGCAAGACCUGAAGCGAAGUCUGAACUGGAAGCUCCAGGACGAUAUCAACACCUGUCCUUCCACUUACAGGGCACCGUCGUUCUCUUGGGCUUCUAUCGACAGCCCAAUCUUCAUGUAUACAACCUCCGACCUCCUCCCGGAUAUCGUGUCUGUUGUAAGCUGGGAUGUGGAGCCCAAGCGCCAGGACCCGUUCGGCGAGCUCAAGCAUGCGAGCCUCACGCUGAACGGGUUUGUCCACACAGCAACUCUGCGACACCGGUCAGAAACCUCAGAUGGAUUCGAGUUCCGCGUGAACAUCGCGAGCGAAGCAGCCGUCCUCGACGAUGACACGCACCUCGUCAAAUUCGAGACCAAAAGCUCAGACGGCACCGAGAUGUGGUCAGUACGUCGGUCGGACAAGGAGGUGAAACACGUCAAGGGCGAAUGGGGGCCUGGUGUGGCGGUACUGGCACUUUGUCUCGCAGUUAGCGAAAAGGCUGCCGAGUUUAUUAUCCUCGGGCAAAGCCCACAUGAUGCUACGAAGCUUGAGAGGAUUGGGUCCGCGAGAUUCACCGCCGUAACUCCUUCCUAUGUGGAUUUCGCCAACGAAGUGACUCGGGAUUGCUACAGACAAACUAUCACCUUGGUAUAACACGGUCCAGCAGUUCGGGAUGAAUAGAUGGCGGAUGAUCCAUGUUACGUUACCGGAUUAUUAAACGGGAACGAGCAA